CCGUCGCCCUCCAACGUCGCCGCUAUCUUGUUCCCGUAGUAGACGAAAAGUCUUUACUCACGUAACAACGUGGCCGCGUCGCGAGAGAUUCGGUAUGCAAAGCGGCAGACACCUUCAUCCGUCUAUUAUGUAUGUACGCUAUCGCGACCCAUUUCCACGUCCUACGAAUGCGAGUCGGAACGGCGCGGCGGUCGAUAGACGUCAGUAUUUAUUUAAGAAAAAUCUCAGUAGCGCUACUCUUCAAUCACAAAAGCUUGGAAAAUACAUGAUACGAGAAAAUUCGAGGAAUCUAGGGCACAUCCCAGUAGAUGAACUUUUCUUUCGUGGCAACCCUGUCGGACCUACGGAUUAUAACGCGUUCUCGCGAGCAAACACGGCGUCUCAUGCGAAGAGAAGGAAGACGGAAAUUCGGACAGGACGAAAAAGACGGUAUCCGCGGCAAAGAGUUCCAGAUACUUAAGAUGCCGUCGAAGACGCGGCGG